UGUUGGUUGCAUUGGUGAAGUAUAAAUGUUGCUAUUUAUUACAAUGUUACAAAAUGGACUGUUUGCAUGACUGAUGUUUUUUGACAAAUAAUGCAUUUUAUAACUUAGAUGUUGACACUGUAAUUUUUUGACGUCACCACCAAAUCAUGGUCUCCCAUCUGCCAGAACAAUUUGUAAAUGCAAUGUGGCUGUGUCUAGUUGCCUUCCUUUGGGGCUUCACAAACCCUUUCAUAAAGCAAGCAGGAACUGGCAUUGAAUCGAUCAAGAAAGGAAACCAUGUGAGCCAAUUUUUUGCAGAAUUGAAGUUUCUUUUCACAAACUGGAAGUAUCUUCUACCAUUUUUCAUCAAUCAGCUUGGAUCUGUGGUAUUUUACAUAACGUUAUCUUCCGCAGAGUUAUCUUUAGCUGUACCUAUCACAAAUUCUUUAACAUUUGUGUUCACCAUAUUGGCUGGAACACUGUUGGGUGAAAGUAUAGAAAACAAAGAAACGUAUAUUGGUAUGGUAUUUGUGACCACCGGCGUGGCAAUUUGCGUCGCUGGAAAAUCGUGAUACCUACGAUAAUAAACGCUUAUAAACGAUUAUAAACGGCAAUUUGAACAUGUUGGUCUAGACGUUCGUAAAAGUUUCGAAUAUCAAUGUUUCAGAAACAUUCCAAAAAGUUCCGAAGUGAUUACAAAAAGUUGCAAAAGGGUUGCAAAAAGUUGCAAAUAUGUUCCAAAUAGUUCCAGAAAGUCGCAAAAAGAUUCCGAAAAGUUUCAAAAGCAUUCCAAAAAGUUGCAAAAGUGUUCCAGGAAAGUUGCAACUUUCGUAAUCACUAAAAUAUUCCAUGAUGUAAUAUUGCGAAAAUUAAAAAAUAGUUUCGUUCUACCUUAUUUUUUGUGUAUGUUUUUUGUUUAUAUCGACGAUACAAACCCUGUAGCGAAGUAAAAGAAUAAAUAUGUA